AAGAAUUAGCGUGGUACGGUUCUUUCGCUCAUACUUGCAUAUUGAAGUCUUUGAUACUCAUUUAACUGCGAAGAAAAUAGUGUUAAAGUGGCUAAAGAGGCUCAAUCGAGUUGUUGACAUUGAAUUUGCCUACCGGCUGUUGUUUUUUUAAACGAAAACUGCUUAUAAAUAAUAGUUGCUUACUGCCAUGCAAGAGGAAAAGGCUUUCAACAUUGAAAAGAUGGAGGUCAAUGACUGGGUUGAAUACAAGUGCAAAACUGGUCAGACGCUGUUCAUUAAGGUUGCUGAGGGUCACAAGUGGCCUGCUGAAAGUAAAUCAAGUAGAAUAAUUGGACAAUGCAAGAGCUUCAGUUCUGUUGGAACCCAAACUGAUGAUAAAGACUGUGUGAAUGGAUGCACUUCGAUGUACAUCAACAACAAUACUUCAUCAAAUGCAAAUCAAGCAUCAAAAGAACACGAUAAUGGCCAUAGUGGACACCAAGAUUGUGUCCAAUCAUGCAGCAGUGUUGUCUCCAGACAGACAUCCUCUACUGACAAUACAUCGUAUGCCAGUGAUCUUUCUGCUGUGUUGAGGGUUUUGGAAGAGGAAUUUGAUCCUCCUGUAGAUGAAAGCGAAGUUUCAAGUAAUUCAUUAAAUGUUACUGAAAAUAUUCAAAAUAAAUCCAAGUAUACACUGAAUGGAAAUGAAAAGAAAUUUGUUGAUGUGAGGCAUGGUAUUCCUGGCAGUUACAACAUGGAGACUGGAAAUGAACUGARUGAAAAAACUGAACCUUUAAUGGUCAAAGAAACAACCGGUACUUCACACAUUGACAAUAAUCAAGUAGAACAAACAACAAAUGCUAAAGAUAGAGGAAACAGAGAGUUAGAGCAAGUACCUGAGACAGCGUUGACAAGUGAAGAGGAAGAUUUUCAGUGCAUGAAUUGCAAAGAAGUCUUCAAAUGCAAGACAGCAUACAAUGAGCAUCUUUUAACACAUCGCAGGCACAAAUGCCCACAAUGCGGCAAAGAAUACUCGUACAAGUUCUACUUGAAAUACCACUUAAUAACUCACAAACAGAGAAAUAUUAUGCAAGCAAUAAGCUGUACAUUUUGCGACAGAAAGUUCUCGAACCAAGAUGAGCAUGACGUGCAUAUCAAGGGGCAUGUGGGAGAGAAGCCAUACGUUUGCACACUCUGUGACAGAUCUUUUAAGUCUCGUAACAAUUUCAAAGCCCACCAACAGAGGAUCCACACAGAAAGAAGGAAGUACCAAUGCUCAUACUGCAAYCAGGCAUUUCAGCGCUCAGAUCAUCUUCAUCGUCACCUGCGCAAGCACACAGGAGAGAAGCCWCACAGAUGUGUAUUCUGUGGGAAGGCAUUUGGACGGAAAGACAAUUUGACAUGUCAUUUAAGAAUACAUAUGAAGUGACAUUUACCUAUUYAAAUAUUAAGUAAUUAUCCUCUUUAUUAAAGUUAUUUUAUGUUCUYUAUUUAUCAAAGAUAUGUUAGAGGUUGUAGUUACAGUUUUUGGAAAAUUUCACCUUCUAUAUAAUAAUUAUUUCUAUUAUAAUUAGUAUAUAUUUACAUUUGGUAUUUAGUAUUGAGUUCGAUAUUAUAUUAGGUAUUUAUAUUUAAAAGAUUAUUCAUGGAUAAAGAGCUAUUGAGUGUUGGGAGGACAGGGAUCCCAGUGCUUUAAGAAUACGUUAGGGAUCCUACAAAGUGCAAUAAUAUUAACAUUGUUUACAAAUAAAAAAAUACAUAACAAGUCAAUGGCUAUACAUAAUAUUUUAUUGGUUGAAUUUGAAUC